CAAAUAUUCAUUUCAACCCAGAGACCUGACAGAAAUCAAAGUGAGAGACUGUGAGGGGCUCCCACCAUGGCUCUGAAGGGCUCCCACAUCAUGUUCCUCCUUCUGGGGUUGUUCGUAGCAGAGCUGGUCCACCAAUCGACCGGCAAAGAGUCUGCGGCAAAGAAGUUUCAGCGGCAGCACAUGGAUCCAAGGAAUUCGACUUCCAAUGACACGAAAUACUGCAACCUCAUGAUGAAAGCCCGGAACAUGACCAAAGGGAGAUGCAAACCAGUCAAUACCUUCAUACACGAGCCUAAGGAAAUAGUCGAUGCCGUCUGCCAGGAGACUAACAUCACCUGCAAGAAUGGGCAGCCCAACUGCCACCAGAGUAGCCAGCCUAUGUCCCUCACCCACUGCCGCCAGACUGGAGCCUCCAAAUACCCCAACUGCCAGUAUCGGGGUUCUGAUAUCAGUAAACAAAUCAUUGUGGCCUGUGAGGGAAAAUCCUAUGUGCCUGUGCACUUUGAUGCUUUUGUAUAGGAUGGGGUCUGACCCCAAGGCAAAGGGAACCAAUCCCUCUAUGCCACUAGAUGCCACCUUAUUGCCUUCACUGCUUCCUCCUCCCUGACCAAGUGCCUGAAAUAGUGCCUUCCCUUUUCCCUCUCCCCUUGCAUGCCUUUCCUUAAACUCAUCGCCUAGGAUCAGACUGAAUGGGUACCGCUCCAAGUAGCCCUUCCACUUUGGGGAUAUGUUUUAUGUGUGUGUAUGUUCAAGGGAAAAUACGAGACUCCCAGAUGUUACAUCUCUUCACUGCUAUUCUCAAUAAAACAUACCUGGUCCCAGGUGAAGAUGCUAACACUG